AGCACAUCCGGCUACUGUGUUGUAAGGUAACGUAAAGUACGAUUGCCGGCUACGAUGGACGUCUUUAAAAGAUUUCGCGUUAUUUUUCUUGCUUUUAUGAUUUUGACAGCUGUCGUAUCUUUUGCAGAAGAUGCAGAACAAGCUGAAGAGGAUGAAAAUGACACAAAAGCUGGGGAAGAUAAUGAGGUACGAGAGGAGGAGGGUGUGUUAUAUUUGACUGAUGACAACUUUGACAAAGUAACUGAGAAAUAUGAUGCUAUUCUUGUGGAGUUCUAUGCACCAUGGUGUGGUCAUUGUAAAAGCCUGGCACCUGAAUAUUCAAAGGCUGCCUAUAAACUGAAAGAGUCAGAGGUACCUGUUCCUCUUGGUAAGGUUGAUGCCACUGUUAACUCGGAUUUAGCUGCAAGAUUUGGUGUGUCUGGAUAUCCUACUUUAAAAUUUAAGAAAGAUGGAACUUGGAUAGAGUAUGAUGGUUCCAGAGAUUCUGAAGGAAUUGUGACCUGGGUGAGUGAGAAGGCAGAUCCUAACUACAAACCACCACCAGAGACUGUUGUGACAGUAACCAAAGAUAAUUUUGACGAAUUUAUCAAUAGUGCAGAGCUUGUACUUCUUGAAUUUUAUGCACCAUGGUGUGGCCAUUGCAAAAGACUUGCACCGGAAUAUGAAAAGGCAGCUCAACGUUUGAUACUUCAUGAACCCCCAAUACCCCUGGGAAAGGUUGAUGCUACCGUGGAAACAGAGCUGGGGCAGCAGUUUGGAGUGACUGGAUACCCAACUUUAAAAAUGUUCCGAAAUGGCAAACCAUCUGACUACACAGGGGGCAGAGAUGCUUUUGGUAUUGUUGAUCACAUGCACAAAUAUUCCGGUGAGGCAUCCAAACUUCUACCCGAACUGAGAGAUGUGAAGAAUUUGAUAAGCAAGGAAUCAGCAACCAUUAUUGGAUUCUUUGACAACCUUGAAGACGAGAAAUUAAGAGCAUAUAUGAAUAUUGCCAACGACAGAAGAGAGGACCUCACAUUUGGUCACACCCUGUUGCCAGAGGCCCGAGAUCUCUACAAGGUGAACCCUGGCAGUGUCGUCGUCUUCAAACCUGAAAAAUUCUAUACUAAAUUUGAACAGAAAUAUAGCAUACUGAAAGUGGCUGACAAGUCUGAGGAAGAGAUUGCUGCAUUUGUCAAAGAGAACGAGUUGCCGCUGGCCGGAGAAUACACUCAAUCUACCUCCAAGUUUUAUGAUGAGUACCAGAAAGAUAUCCUGUGUGUUGCAUUUUACACUGUAGACUGGAGUUUUGACCAUAGAGACGCCACCCAGUUGUGGAGAAAGAAGGUAGCAAAUAUUGCCAAGGACUAUAAGGACAUAAAGUUUGCUGUAGCUAAUGAAGAGGAUUACAUUAAUACAAUGAUGAAGGAGGUUGGUCUGGAGGAUUCUCCUGAGGAAUUUAACUUGGGAUGUGUGAAGAACAGUAAAAAAUACAGGAUGGAACCCAUGGAUGAAUUUGAUGAAGAUGAAAUUCGAGAAUUCCUGAACAAGCUGAAGAAAGGUAAACUGACACCACAGAUCAAGUCUCAGUCAGUUCCUAAGAAGAACACUGGACCAGUCAAAGUUGUCGUUGGUAAGACAUUCGACCAGAUUGUUCUCGAUAAAAAGAAAGACGUUUUGAUUGAGUUUUAUGCCCCAUGGUGCGGACAUUGUAAAAGUCUAGAGCCAAUUUAUAAAGAGCUUGGAAAAACAUUGAAGAAGGAGAAAAAUCUUGUGAUAGCAAAAUUAGAUGCUACUGCAAAUGACGUUCCUGAAAUUUUUAAAGUGGAAGGAUUUCCAACAAUUUAUUUUGCACCAGCAAACAAUAAGAAAAAUCCUUUGAAGUUUGAUGGUGACAGGACUGUAGAAGGAUUUACCAAAUACUUGAAAGAAAAAGCAGCCGUGUCAUUUGGCAAGAAUCUCAAAGAGGAGUUAUAACAUAACGCUUACUAUUUAGACAUCUGUUACCUUGUUUAUAUAACCAUCCUUAAAUAACCAAAUAUCCAGUCAUCUGAAUUAAUUCUGUUUGCAGUCUUUUGAAUUCAUAUUUUUAAUUUGUCUACAAUCUACAGUGUUUAGUUUUUUCUGCAGUAUCAUGGCAAAAAAGAAAUGUUUUAAGCGUUUAAAGCAUUAAAAUGUGAGAGCUAUAUAUAUUGAAAGUCAUCAGAUAAAAGGGAGUGUGGAGUGAGUUGUUAUUAUUGUUAGGUGCUGCUUUAGUUGAGUUUGUUUGGAGAUUUUUAGAAUCAAUCAUGACCCAUACAACCUCUCUACUUGACUGCAAGUGUGAGUAUGAAAGGAUGCUGAAUUGAAAAUAUCAGCAUUGUAAUGGUUGCUUGUGUGUGCAAAAGUAUUUAGUUUCAAAAAUGUCAUCUCUUCAUUGGCAGUCAUCAGCAUUUUGUGAUUUAAACAUUAUGACAUUAUUCAGUACAUUGUCUUGUAUUACAAGUGAUUUGGCAAAUAGGUUGAUAUGUGCUUUUUCAUCGCAUGUAUUUUGUGUACAUUGUAAUUUACACAUUGGUAUUAAAUGUUGUAUUUGACAUUCUAAGAGAAAGAAAUUAUUUUUAUAUUUUCAUGUUGUUAUAAGAAAUUUUAAUUAUACCUGUGAUUUAUUGACUAUCAUGACUUCACUUUGACAUCACAUUGAUGCAUACAAGUCAAAUUGUGCCUUCAUUUGUAACUUUGUUUGUGGCCAUUAUUCCCUUUUCUUUAAGUUGGUCUGGUAUAAGGACUAAUUCCUAAUGGCAAAAUCAUGUUUUUUCCCAGUUGGAAAUUACCCAGUUGAACUAUGUAAUUCCCAAUUUAGAGCUAAACAGUUACGGGGCCAAAAAUUGUCUGGAGCAUAACUAAAUAACUAUUCCAGUCAGACUUGACAUUUAAGUAGGUGGUGAUAAAACACUAUGCAGAGCACAUUAACCAAGCCAGUAGGUCAAAUGUAAAGACCUCAACACACACUCGAAAAAAACGUUCGUUUAAAUUCCUGCUUUUCUGAUCUAAAACUUUGGGCAUUAUAUAUUUCACUGCUUUAUGCAGCUCGUGCACUCUUUGGAAAAAUUAAUUAGCGUAAUGUAAAUGAGGUUCGCUGUUUUCCGUUUCUUCCUUUUUGACAUUUCUAGCUCAAAUUUCAGUGUAGUCAUUUUCUCCAUUUUUCAGCCAGUGCAUUAUAUUUUUCCAAGUUCUCUGAACUACACUCACUCAUAGUUUGAUUGAAAAAAAGCCCAGUUUUCAUUUAGUCUAGAAUUUUAUACUAAAAUUGUAUUAAGUGCAUGGUUAAUGGUACAUGACCCACAUGAACAUGCUCCUCAGAUCUUGGAUCUUGUUGAUCUAAAAAAAUGUUGUUUUUAUGUGCAUCUGAAUACAUGCACCUGUGAAUGUAGUGGAUAUUGUUUGUAAGAGUGUUUGAAAUAAGCCUUAUUGUUAUAAUGUGUUUUCGAUUAGACUUAUGAAGGUUAACUGCAGUUUACUGUGUCUUAAUUUUCUACUUAAAUUUACACAUAUUUGUCGAAACAGAAGGGUAUGUAAUGAAGUUUGAUCAGUGGUAAUGGAGGAAGUUAACAGAGCAAGUACAGUAACUUGUUGUUACACCCGUGCAACGGUGUUGGGAAUUAUGUUGCAAAGACUUUGUUGUGCAGAUUACUUCCAGUUCCACAUUUAAUGGAAUUCCAGUUAACCAUAGAAUAUAUGUUUGCAGAUCAGUCCAAGCAUUGCUUAGUUAAGGGGCUAUGUUUCUUUGAAUAAUUAGUACUGGGUGUGUAUAAGUCACAAGCAGUUAUAGCUCUAAUUAUUUUUGGAACAGUUGUACAGCAACAGUGUUGUUCUAUAAAACUGUACAGUGCAGUGUCAAGGGAGCAACAUUUAGACUUAAAAUUGUUCUAUUGGGGUGAAAGCUUUGGACAAGAUGAUUUACGAAGAAACUAGUCUAGUCUUAAAGGGAACAUUGGCCUUUAUAGAUGUAUCAUUGCUCCUCAGAGAUGUUGUUAUUAUCAGAAUAUGUAUAGAGCACAGAGGUCGUGAAUAGAGGUUAUACUGUAUUAGUUUGUGCCACCAAACCUGGUUGUACAGAUUUGCUUGUGUGCAAAUUUUAUGGAGGUUUCCUUUAAAUCUUGACCAAUACACAUGUUUUGUUUCUAUAUUUGGAUACUGUAGCUUGGGUAAUAUUGACAAUGGUUUUAUUUCUGCUGAUUGUGAAUAAUACCACUCACAACAGUAUUUGUUAAUGUUAAUCUGAUUGUGUCCUAAAGUAAAAAAAAACAUUUCGCAAAUUCUUAAUCUGGGGAAAAGGCUGCUAGCCAUGAAUCACUAAAUAAAGCUAGCAUGAAAAUUACUGAGACACUUUGUUGAAGUCCUGUUUAACAGCUGAAUGUUUUAUGAAAUGUAUGUUUUGUAUUUGUUUAUUAAUAAGCAGUUUUCUGGUCUUUUUACUGUAUGUAUUUACAUGAUCCAUGAUAAUGGUCAAAAUAAAAUAUAAAAUGUU